AUGAAGCGAUUAGCUCUUCCCAAGCUCAGAGGGAUAUUGUUUCUUCAUCGAUCUGAAACUGACAAUAAGCCAUUUGUGAUAGCAAAGCUUGCUUCUGGAAAGGAGGUUGAGCACACCUUACAUCUACAAGCUAUUCCCGGGACCGUGGAGAUCCUCUCGCAUCAUCCCAUGAUGCGUAAGAAGGACACCAAUCUCCUGAUCACCUACUAUGUUGGUCUCAAUCUUCAGUGGUACUGCGGCACCUACCAGUACUUAUCCUCUCGAGUGCCACCCCCCCUUCAGGUAGCCACGGACCUCCUUGCAACAGUCCAGGAUAUACACAAGGCAGGUCUUGCACACCUCGACAUCAAACCUACAAACAUCUGUGUACCUGAUGGCGCUCUGAGUAGUCCCGGUGCUGUUCUUAUCGAUUUUGGAUCGUCACAACGGAUUCCUGGUUGUGUCUGUUACCCAUUCGGGACUGUUGGAUGGCUUGCCCCUGAAGUUGAAUGUGAACAAGAGGAUGUUGAUUUAUGCCUGGUAGAUAUCUGGGCCACUGGGAAGGUGCUUCUUCGCAUGUCCCAACAACUUCUGCAGGAUGUCAGUGGGAUUUCUUUACUCAGAGAGGUUGGUGAGGCUUUGAGUGCACCAACACCUGCAGAAAGGAUCUCACUGGUUGCAGCCAGGAACAAGUUACUAGUUGAAGCUGGCCACAUUGCUUGA